CAGUGACAGCAAACAUAACCAUACAGUUUUGAUUUUAAUAGUAAUUUAUAAAUUAUAAUUUUAUUUUAAUUAAAAUGAAUAUUUUACCAAAAAAAAGGUGGCAUGUUCGGACAAAGGAGAAUAUAGCAAGAGUUCGAAGAGAUGAAGCUCAAGCUGCUGAAGAAGAAAGAAUCAAACAAGAAAGAGCAAAAUUAGCUGAAAGUGAAUCUAAAAGGCAGUACUUGCUUGAAAAGUCUCGUAAAAGAUUUAAAACCGAAACAUUUGUACCCAUUGCAGAAAAAAAUUCCUUAGAUGAAUCAAAUAGUGUGGAAAGUGAGCAUGUUAAUUUCUUUAAAGAACUUGAAGAAGGGACAGCUGAACAAAAGCAAACUAAUAAAGAACAUGAUGAAGAGGUCAAAAAUGAAAAGGAAAAAUAUGAGAAACAGAUUGGAUAUUUAACUUAUUUGGGCCAAGAUACAAACGAAGCUUUGGGAAAAAAGAGUUGGUAUGAAAUAGCUCCUAAAAGAAAAACUGAUGGUACUGGUGAAAUAAACCUUAAAGCCAAAGUACGCGAAGAUCCUUUAAAUAUAAUCAAGAAAUUUACUAUCUCAAAUGAAAAAAGUUCAGGCGAAACAACAAGCAAGAGUAAAUAUACAGAAUACAAGUCUUUAUUGCAUACAGAAUUAAAACAUAGUUCAAAAUCAAAGAAAAGAAACAGGCACUCUAGCAGAGAAUCUAGUGAAGAAAGAGCAAAUAAGAAACAUAAACAUAAAAGACAGAAGAAACAUAAAAAGAGAAAACAUAGAAGUAGCAGUGAAUCAUCUGUAAAUGAGCAUACUGUCUCUAGCAUAUCAGAUGAUGAAGAUAAAUUACAAGAGGAAAAAAAUAGGAAACUAAGUAUAUUAAGAGCAGAAAGACUUAAGAGAGAACAAGCAGAAAGGAGAAAAACAGAAGAGUUGUUAGCUAAGAUAAGAGGGGAUAAUAUAAAAGAAGGAAAUAAGAACACCAAUGAACCCAGACAAAAAUACAAUUCUCAAUUUAAUCCAUAUUUAGCAAAACAGAACUUUACUUGAAAAAUGUGUAUAAAAAGUCAAUUUUUAUACUUUAAAUAGUUUUUGUAAAAUAUGUAAAAUAAAUAUUUAUUAUUUAAAGUGA